AAGGUUAAGCAAUAGUGUGACUGCACCAGUGCUGAGUGCAUCUCACAUACACACAGGCUCUUCUGAAAACCCCCUUUUUGUUACAGAUGUUCGAAGAAAGAACAGCAACCUAACUGUGGCUUACAGACUGCACUAUUUGUGAGCUCCUCAAAGAUCAGCAGAUAUCUGGAAUACAUCACUCAUUCUGCGCACAGCUUUCCAUCCACAGCCUACAGGACAUAAAAAGAUUUUUGGCUUCCUUGUUUGGCUUUCUUUACAGCUGCGCACCUUAUCCGAUGGAGCGCUUUUGCGCAAACCUCUGCAAACUUUCCAGCCAAGCGGAGGCUAUUUUAAUGUAAAGGAUAUAACUGAUACGCACGCGCACGGUCUGGAAAUGUUUUGCUUCGGACAUUCUCAUUAAGCAAAUGUCAACGAUUGUAUAUUUUUUCAGAGCUCUUGCGGUUUUCACUUAGACAUGUUGCUUAAUGGCGCAGCUGCGGGAUUGAAAUAGCGGUCCUGCUGCCGGAGUUUGCCCGACGUUGCCAACAUCUCGGGCACCGCAUCUUUGGGCAGGUGCUCCUUUCUGCCUGUGUUAAAAGACGGUGCCAUGCGGGAUCGGAAAUCACACAUCGGAGGUCUGUAAAACCCUGCUGGAAAUCUGAGUUACGCAGAGAUGGGAUCCCUGGUGAGAUCGCGCUGGCUUAUGAUCCCCCUGCUUGUGCAGGCUUGGCUGUUGGCUUCCCAAGGCCGAGUCCGAGAGAAACCAUGUCCCAGAAGCUGCCGGUGCGACGGCAAAAUAGUGUACUGCGAGUCGAAUGCCUUCCGUGACGUGCCAAAGAAUGUAUCGGUGGGAUGCCAGGGCCUCUCUCUGCGUUACAACAGCUUGGUGAAUCUUCGGGCCGGUCAGUUUGCUAGCCUCAGCCAGUUGGUUUGGCUGUACCUGGACCAUAACUACAUUAACGCUGUGGACAGACAAGCGUUUCAGGGCGUACGAAGGCUGAAAGAAUUAAUCCUCAGCUCCAACAAGAUCACGCAUUUGGAAAACAGCACGUUUCAUUCGAUUCCCAACCUGCGUAAUCUGGACCUCUCUUACAACAAAUUGCAAGUCAUGCAGCCUAAUCAGUUUCAAGGCUUGCGCAAACUGUUGAGUCUCCACGUUAGAUCCAAUUCCCUCAAGACGAUUCCCAUGCGAGUGUUUCAGGAUUGUCGAAACCUAGAGUUUCUCGAUUUGGGCUAUAAUCGACUGAGGAGUCUCACCCGUAACGCGUUUGCGGGACUCCUCAAACUGACUGAGUUACACUUGGAGCACAACCAAUUCUCAAAGAUCAAUUUUUCUCAUUUCCCACGGCUGAACAAUCUCCGGGCUUUGUAUCUGCAGUGGAAUCGAAUAAAGUCAAUAACCCAAGGAAUUACAUGGACCUGGACUUCAUUGCAAAAGCUGGAUCUCUCCGGGAACGACCUGCAGGUGUUGGAUCCCAGCAUUUUCCAGUGUCUCCCCAAUUUGCAGACUCUUAAUCUGGACUCCAACAAGCUUAGUAAUGUGUCUCAAGAGGCCAUAGCAGCUUGGAUCUCUCUCACCACAAUCAGUCUGGCGGGUAACGUUUGGGAAUGCAGUCCCAGCUUGUGCCCCCUUGUGGCGUGGCUGAGAAACUUCAAGGGGAACAAAGAGACCACCAUGAUUUGUGCUGGACCAAAGGAGGUGCAGGGUGAGAAGGUUAUCGAGGCUGUCGAAAACUAUGGAUUCUGUAAGACGACCCCCACUCCUCUCCUUCCAAUGUCCUCCACUGUAAACUCUCAAUCCAAACCGGGACGUCAACCCCAGCCAACCAUGUUCAGGGUGAACGAGAAGGUAACACGCCACAGUCCCGUCGCUCCUUUCCCGACGGUCGGGUCCCCACCUGCUCCUGAACAAGACUUCGAGCAUGUUUCCUUUCACAAGAUAAUAGCCGGUAGCGUCGCCCUCUUCUUAUCUGUGGCCAUGAUCUUGCUAGUCAUCUACGUCUCCUGGAAGCGUUACCCCAGCAGCAUGAAACAACUGCAGCAGCAUUCCAUGGUGCGAAAACGCCGGAAAAAGGCACGAGAGACGGAGCGCACCCUCAGCUCCCCGCUACAGGAAUAUUAUGUGGACUACAAACCCACAAACUCUGAGACCAUGGACGUACUGGUCAAUGGGACAGGACCCUGUACCUACACCAUCUCCGGCUCCCGAGAAUGUGAGGCCCCUCCACAGAUGGGCACGCUGGCGUUCUACAGAUACGAGCAGCCCAUUGUGGACUACUGCCAGGCUCACCAGUCCCUGCACAUGAACAGAGGGUUCGAGCCCUCGUCCCAGGCCCUCGAGGGGCUGGGGGCACGAGAAAGAUGCAGCGUCCCGUCAGCCGGCCUUCUUCCUUCCGUGCCUGCAGCCCCGCUCCCGGACAUGCGCCCCCUACCGCAGUGAGCCGCGCGCAGACUCUUCUCUACGAAUGUCUACUCAGAGGGCGUACGGCCCACCCAACGUGAACCUAAACCAGAUGAGAACAGAGAUAAAUGGGGCAGUGCGACUCGUGUGAACUCCCGGUGGUAUUCUGAGGAGAGGAUGGACUGAGGCUUGCUGUCAUGAACUGGGUUAAAACGCACUUGAGUAUUGUGAAAAAUCGUUUCGGUCAAAUGUAACGGGAUGUUCUUUACAAAAUAUGUUUGCUGAUUUUUAUCCCUAUAUGUUUUGGGCUUUUGUGGCAUCGUCCAAUAAAUGUUUGUGAGCCGAAAUGUCUGAAAUAAUAAAUGAACAUCAAGACCUUUAUUGACUUGACAAAUACCGAGACGUAUACACGAUGUUCUUAAAUGCAAAAUGGUGUCCUUUCGAUUGAACUGAGAAGCAGAGAAAUAAGGGAUUUCUGAGCAGAUUCAGGUGCAUCCGAGCAUAAAAUCUCUUUUCAUCUCAUUCUCUGAUAAGGCCUUUCAAAAGCACCCUUCGGCCCAUGAGCGUAGAAUUGCUUGACAUAAAAUUGCCCAAAUUGAAUUCCACAAGGUGAGGUGGUGAUUUGAAUUGUACAUGAUCAUCUAAACCUCAUGUCGACCUUCAUAUUGUGAAUCCUAAAAAUGGGUUUUGAUCAUAUUUGACCAUGACUGUAACGACAUGUUGUAAGAACCUGUUGUGCAACUAGUUUUACAAAUCACAGACAACGGCUACAUCAUUUAUAAGCAUCUUACACAGACCAUGAGCAACAUCUAUUCAUUUGUGUUUUCGUUUUUUGAGUUUCUUUUCUUUAUGAUCUAUAAAUGCCUGGGUCAUUUCUGUUAUAUGAACUCCUUAAUGAACUCAUUUAAAAGUAUAAAGGAGUAUAAAAAAUUGGGGAAAAAAAGAUUAUUGACAAAAUGGCAAAAGAAAAAAAACAGUCUAACCAGUGCUGAUAUUUAAUAUCAUGAUGAUUUCUGUCAUUUCAUCAAUCAGGAUUGAAUAUUUUAAGGUGUAAAGCAACUUACAGUAUACCACAAAAAAACACAUCACAGUUCAACAAAUCUCUUGCUCUCUUUCUAGAGGAUGAUGUCUUUAAAAAGUAUUUUGUCUUACUAUUUAAAGACGAUUUACUAAACAAACAUAAGACAUUAGAUUAUAAACAUUUGUCAAACCUAUAAAUUGACCAAUAAUACUGUUUAUACUGUACUUAGAAGUGCUUGGUGUACUGCAUAAGAGAAAUGACCCAUCUGUGUUUUUCAAGAAUGGAUAUGUGUUGUGAUGUACUACAUUAGUACCAUAACUGAUACCCGUGCUGAACAGCCACGUCGCUCUUCCUCUUCGACGCCAUCAUCAUCACUGUCCCGAAGAACAUCUACUGGACAUCCCGCUAUAUUUCAGAGAGGCCCGGGUGACCCAUGGACAACUGACAUUCCAGCUGGAACUGUACAAAUAAAAACAGAAGACUCAGAGACACUGCACUGCGAACCGCUUCCUCGACAGGACUCGUCUUGUACAUAUCGUGUAAAUUAAACGAAAGAUGUCUUCGCUUCUACAGAAACACAACCUACAGUAGAAGAGGAGCCUUAUCUUUAAUCCAGGAGGAAGCGUACGCUCGGAUGCGUCUGUGUGUGCGUUAAACCGAGAGAGAGAAUUUAAGAUAAAUGAAAGACGGCUGCGUUAGAAUAUUAGCCUGCUGUUUGAAAAGAGAACAUUUGUUUGGGAAAAUUCCGUCUUUUUACUUUCCUUUGCGAUUUUAAAUAAUUGCAACAUAUGUUUGAUGCAUCUGUCUGCUGGGACGCCAGCGCGCCGAUUAUGAGUACAGUGAUUUUCCAACCGAAUGUUUUUAUACCAGUAUUUAUGUGAAAAAAAGAUAACUAGUAUAUACUUUUUUUUGUUUUACGUUCUCCUGAGCCCCUCAAUGCAAUACUUGCGUCAACACGGCAGAACGUCCGAUUUCUGUUCCGAUGCGAAGAUUGUGAUUAUUUUAAGCAUUUGACUGUGUUUCCCUGUAUCCUAGCAAUGAGGCUGACAUAUUUCAUUUUGUCUAUUAUAAAGCGUAAAAUUUCUUUUC